UGUCUGCUGGGUGACUUCUCCUCUUCCACACCAGCAAUGGCCGAACUUUAAAACGCGCCACUGGAAGACAGAAGCGACUUUGUCUGUAUUUUCUGACACGGUCUAAUCCCUUAAACGUCCAACAUGCCGAGAAUGAAGAGAUUUGUUUUGCCAAAAGUCUGAAGACGACUGGAAGAGCUGCGGACUUUUAAAGUGCUCGUAGCUGUGUCAUAAUAAAUAGUUUCAGCUCAAAAGAAAUGGCUCUCUCCCAGGUCCAGUGCCUGGACGAUAACAACGUGAACCCGCGGAUCUCCGAGUCCAAACCGGAGUUCUUUUUCUGCGAGGAGCAGCGUCUCGCGCUCGAAGCGCUCCUCCGGGAUGGUCGCGAGGCGUUCGCCAAGUACCUGGAGUCUCGCGGCCUGCGGGGUUUCCUCUCCGACCUGGAGCAGGAGACCCUGACCGCCGCUCUUGAGCCCUUUGACCCGGGCGCGGAGCUUUUCUCCGGGGAGAGAGAGGGCGAGCAGGAGCCGCUGUCGCUGCAGUACUGGCCGGACGUUUCGGACACUUCUAUCCCUGAAAUGGACCUGGGCUGGCCCGACAGCGAGUCGUACAAAGGGGUGACACGCACGACAGUGUACACACAGCCCCCGAUGGAGGGUCAGGCCCACAUCAAAGAAGUGGUCAGGAAAAUGAUUGCGCAGGCGCAGAAGGUGGUAGCCGUGGUGAUGGACGUCUUCACUGACGUCGACAUCUUCAGAGAUCUGUUAGACGCCGGGUUUAAAAGGAAGGUGUCUGUUUACAUCCUGCUGGAACGCACAAUGCUACCUCAUUUCCUUUCGAUGUGUCGGAGGGCUAACAUGCAUGCCGGGCACCUGAAGCAUCUUCGCGUACGCUGCACAGAAGGCGCAGAGUUUUACACUCGGUACUGCACCAGGGUCAAGGGGCAACUCGGGCACAGGUUCAUGUUCAUUGAUGGAGACAAAGCUGUGUCUGGAUCGUACAGUUUCACAUGGAUGUCCUCACGGCUGGAUAGAAAUCUCAUCACUGUUACCACAGGCCAGGCUGUGAAUGCUUUUGACCAAGUGUUUCGCUACCUGUAUGUUACUUCUAGUUUUGUUGACCUCCGCCAAGUCACCACAGAUCCUGAGCCUGAACCAGACACUCGACAUCAGGUUUUAUCUGUGGCUCCUCCUUCUGCUGCUGUUGCUAGAAAACUAUACAACCCCAAAUAUGCCCUUGUUGCUUUAAUGAGCCCAAGCCCUGCGAACUCGAAUAGCAAUGAUAGCUCCAAAGAGCCUGAAGUUUCAGAGGAAGCAAAAAAUAAGAAGAGGCAAAAGAGAACACGUGAAGAUCCGUCACAGGAUGCUCCUCCUAUCCAUCCUGGACUUUUAGGUCUAGAGAAAGCAUGCUUACUCUCAUAUCUGCCCACCUGGCCAGAACCUGAUCCACCAAGCGAUGUGAUAGGGUUCAUUAAUAUCCGGGACUCUAAAAGACCAACCCAAGUUCAUUUGCAACGUUCUGAGAUGUUUGAAAUCAGCCAAGCAAUCAAGUUUAGCAGUCCAAUCAGCAAGCCACAGGAAACUUUACCAGAUGUUGCAAGGCCCAGAAAUCGAAAUACACAAAAUGAAUCCAAGACUGAUGGUUUGUUGGUGGAUAAAGCAAAACCAGAAAAGAAAAGUAUAAGUCUUGUUGACAAUAACAAUGAAGAAGUAGUACCUGAAAAAAACUCACCUUUGCACAGAGAAAAGUUAAAUUUCGACAAAAGCGAAACUCAAGUUCCCCAAAUGCAGAAAAAAAUGGGUUCAGAUUCAGAUAGAGGUCCUGUUUCUCUUAUUCCACAUGCACUACCACAAUCUAGCAGCAGAGCACUCACACCUAAAAAUGAACAACCUUCACAUGAAGCCCAAAUUAUCUCCACAACCAGCUGUUUCUCAGAGCCCCUCAAAGAAUCUAAAUGUGUAAAAGAACCUGAAACUGCGACUGUUUCACAAACACAAAGUACUUUUGUGGAUGGAACAAAAACCCUGAAGUCAAACACUGCACAAAAAUCUCAACUGCACAAUCAAACACAGUUAAAUACAGAAGAAAAUAAGAUUGUGUCACAUCAAGAAUCGCACACUAAUGCUGCUAAUACACAACUUAAAAUCUCCUCUGAAGAGACUUGUGACACUGGGGGUCUAAGGCACAUUGCAACUUCUCCUGCUUCUCCAAAAAACUGUGAAAGUUUACUUUCCAAGAAUAAUCUUGUGACUAUUACUACAGUGACUUCAACCAUGGCUACAAGUUCUUGUAAUUCAACCCCCUCUACUAGCUUACCUUUGACCCCAACUCCCUCAACAUCUUCUUUUCCAAAAUUAUCUUUAUACCCAUCCUCUGCAUCUUCUUUUACAAGUUCUGUUACUCCAGACUCUAAGCCUUGUUCUGGGCAACUACUUAAACAAGAUAGUGUCAAUAACAAUACUGAGACAACUCCAGAUAUUGUUGUUGAGAAGUCUAAAACCAGUUUAGGGUCACAAACUAUUACUGAUGUUUCUGCUUUAACAAGUUUGGUGCAAACAUCUCCAGUAAAAAAUCUUGAAAGUGUCCCAGAUUUGCAAAGAAACGAUGUCAGUAAAACAGGACAUCUGAAACAAAGAGAGAACACAAAUAUUCCUGAAGGUACCAAACAGGAAACACAGACUGUCAGUUCCCAAAAUGGGUCAAAUCAAGAAUCACACAGUAAAACUGCUGAUACACAACUUAAAAUUUCCUCUGAAAAGACUUGUAACCUCCAAAACCCUGGCAGUCCAGGAUACAUUGCAACUUCUUCUGCUACUCCAUUACAAUCUGAAAGUUCACUUUCCAAAAAUAAUCCUGUGACUAUUACAGCAGUGGCUUCAACCAUAGGUACAAGUUAUUGUAAUUCAGUUCCCUCCAUUGACUCACUUUUGAUCGAUCCUCCGUCCACUUCUUCUUUUCCAGAAUUACCUUUACUCUCAUCCUCUUCAUCUUCUUUUACAAGUUCUGUUGUUCCAGACUCUAAGCCUUGUUCUGAGCAACUACUUAAACAAGACAGAGUCAAUGACAGUACUGAGGCAACUCCAGGGAUCUCGGUGGAUGAGAGGUCUAAGACCAGUUUAGGGUCACAAACUAUUACUGAUGUUUCUGCUUUAACAAGUUUGGUGCAAACAUCUCCAGUAAAAAAUCUUGAAAGUGGCCCAGAUUUGCAAAGAAACAGUGUCAGCAAAACAAAGUUUCCAAAACAAACAGAGAAUACAAAUAUUUCCAAAGAUACCAAACAGGAAACGCAGACUGUCACUUCCCAAAAGAUAAAUGGUAAGGAAACUGAUAGAAAACACAACGAGAGGGGAGAAGUACAAUCUGUUACUAUAAACCAACUUGAAACAAAGUCAGAUGUUUAUGCAAAAGAUUCAUCAAGUACAGCCAUUCUGAAUGUGAAUGAACUAAUCCCCAAAAGUGAUGAUACAAAGACACACAAAGACCAUAUAGCCACAUCAACAAUUAACAGCACUUCUGAUAAUCAGAUAACUAACCUGGAGAGUGCCAAAGCAACAAAUACUCAAACAUACCUUGCAAGAUGCCACGAACCUCAAAUAAUAUCAUACAGUAACUUUACAGUAGAUGAUAUAAAUAAGGCACAACCAUCGGAAACUUCAACAGCUCCAACAAAUUGGAUAUCACACAACACUUACAUACUCAAAGAAAACCACGAUGGCAGUAUAAACAGUGAUGCAAAUACACUGAGUCAGCCUGGUAAACAAGCACAAGUCCCAUCAGUAGACGGCACAAUCAUCACUUUGAACUCAGUAAAACAACACACGCACAACACCUUUCUAAAACAAGCUUGCAUAACACAAGGAGGUGCAUACUCCUCCAGAAAAACACUUCAUUUACCCUUUUCCAAUGUGCAAGCAAUGGAUUUGAGUUUGCAAACCAACAAACAAAAAUUACAGAUACCUGCAGCUGAUACACAAAGUUCAGCUCCAAAAGUGUUUCCUUCAAAUCUACCUACCACAAACUCACAAACAACCUCGCCAGACCUACAAACGCCUACAACUGAUAUCAGUGAUGAUUACUUAUCAUCGAGAGAGGACUCUACUACCUCUGAAGAGUACUUUGAAUGUAGUGAAUCUCCUUCACGUGAACCAGUUCUUGACACAAGUGGGUGGACAGGAAAGAAUAGCAGCCCAACUAACUCAGAUUGUCAUAUUUCAAGAAAUGUUGGCACCAGUUCUGCUGACUUGGGUAAUAUUUCUAGUGCUUCUGGAUUAACCAGUUCAAGUCAUAGCACUUCUUCCAGUGAAUCCAGUAUUUUAUCUUGGACUUCUAGAGAGCCCCCGACCUCUCCGCUUGGGACAAAAGGCCAAAACAGAGAGUCAAAGAUCACAAAUAGAAGAAAUAGCAAGGAAGGCUCUAAAAUUGAGGUAAACAGUAGCAACACAGAGAAAAAGAAGGAGCGAGUACAUCAGAGGAUGGAGGGUACAGACAGUAAGGAGUUAAAUCGAAUGUCUUGGUCUUUGAAAAAGGACAGUGAUUUAAAAGAAAUGGCCUUAAAACUCAGUAAGGCCUCUGGGGGACAGGCUAAAGGAGCCACGGCAGAUGGAGAAUCAGUGCAGAAAGAGACAAAGCGAUUGUCCACUGGUGAACUUAAACCAGAAAGGGUUUCAUCUGAGGGAAAGAAAUCCCUUUCCAGCAAGGAUAAGCCAACGAACCAGGCUGCACUAACCCCCGGCAAUAUGGAGAUGAGACAGAGGCAAUCUACAAGGGAGACAGCAGGACAGAAGCCUUUGAAUCCAUCACCCAAAUCUCAGCCACGUCAGCAACCAGGCAGCAGAGGUUCUUCACCUUCACAACCACGGAGGUCCCCCAGAUGCGCCCAAGUUCAGGCACCUCGUCCUUCUGGAAUCCAUGACCUUAGCCAAACAGAGAGCAGGGCUCUUCAAAGUAGUGCCAAAGAGUUUGCUUACAAGCCACCUCCUCAGAAAUCACAAUCCAGAUCCCCCUCUCCAAUGAAAGCUGCUCCUACUGGGUCUGCAGCCGGGCGAAAGCAUCUCUCCAAGAGCCAGCUGCUCACUCGGCAGCCUCCAGCCGCACAGACUCGGUCAAACUUUGAGCCGCCACAAAUCCAGGCUGCGAAGCAGCAGGCCUCCUCUCUCUACACACUUUCCAGCCUGCAGCCUCAGGCCCAUCCUCUUGUCUCGACUCAAGAAGUGUCUGCACAGGCAGCUCAAGAACCAGAAGAAGCAAGGGUUCCUUUUAACUUAACUCUCAGCAGGUUAUACAACUUUAAGGGAUUAAGGGACAAAUGGACCAAGCAGCCGCCUCAGAGCAGGAGAAGCAGCACUGGCACACCGGUAAAAGAAUGUAAAGACACAAGUUAAUGAUGUUUAUCUGUUGUCCUGUCAUCACAAUAAGUUACUGGAACAUCAGAGGGGGAUUAAAAACUAUCUGAGUCCAUGAUGAAAAUGACAAUUAAGUGGCUGUUUUUGACAUUAUUUGCUAUUAUUUCUGAAAAGUCUGUGAUGUGUCCUUGUCAAAGUUUUUAAAUUUGCACACUGUUAUUACAUAAUAAAUCUCAGAUAUACUAUAUGUCAGUCUGCAUGGAGUACAUGCUGAAAUUUGCUGUAAAAUAAAAGACUUGAGUCUUUAAUUUUGUUCUCACUUUAUUUGGGGGUGCAUAAGAAUUUGCCUUUUUGUUCAGUUUGUAGUUUACUGUAUUACCGACUUUAUUUACAUAUUUUUGAGAGGUUUUUAAACUGAGCAUUCUGCUGAAGUACAUGUUUGAUUUGGGAAUAUGAUGAAAACAAUGAACUGAUUCCACCAGCCGUGACACACAGUGCCUUUUCAAUCCAAAACAUUAUGGCAGUUGUAAUGUGGUUUUCCUGCUCUGACCUUCUGAAUAAACGAGGUUUUGCAAUAAAACAUUUUGAAACAACA